CAAGGAGGUUUUAAGGGAGAUACGAGAUAAGAGAGAUACAGCGAAUUUCCAGACUGAGACCGCCUGGUUUUGGAAUAAUACAAAAAAACGCUACCCUCCUUUUGCACUCUGUGAUGCUGUAUAUGAGAGAGAGAAUCUCAGAAUGGCUGACUAUGUGAAGCUGGAUGAGGAGAAGUUUAUCCCAAAGUCAGACAUCUUGUCUCUGCUCAGGACCUACAACUGUUAUCAUGAGGGGAAGAGCUUCCAACUCAGACACAGAGAGGAGGAGCAAGCGCUGGUCGUCGAGGGGUUGUUGAAUAUCUACUGGGGUCUGCGGCGACCAAUCAGACUGCAGAUGCACGAUGACAACGAGAGACUCCACUACGGAGGAGUCAACAGGAAUGAGAGAUCCCAGGUUCUUCCAAAGCAGACAGAAUCUAACAACAACAUACUCGACAGAACUACUGACCCUGCCUUGACCAGUAGUCUAGAGGAGGACGACGAGGAGGUCCCCCAGCUGCUGCGGACCAGGAGUGAUGCCUCCUUCAUGGGGGUCACCAGAAGGUCAAAGACACACGCACACUCUGACCUGCAGCACUUACGCUCACACAGAUUCUCCAUCAAUGGACACUUCUAUAACCACAAGACAUCAGUAUUUACUCCAGCGUUCGGGUCGGUCACUAACGUCCGAGUCAACAGCUCCAUGACAACACUACAGGUCCUCAACCUGCUGCUACAAAAGUUCAGAGUGGAGAAUAAAGCAGAUGAGUUUGUUCUCUACAUGGUCCAUGAGUCUGGUGAGAGAACCCCAUUGAAGGACAGUGAGUAUCCUCUGGUGUACCGUGUGCUUCAUGGACCCUGUGAGAAGAUCUCCAAGAUCUUUAUUAUGGAGACGGAUCUAGGGGAGGAGGUCACACAUGACGUGGCGCAGUACAUUAAUUUUGAGAUGCCAGUCCUGGAUAGCUUUGUAGAGAAACUGAAAGAGGAAGAGGAGAGGGAGAUUUCUAAACUGACCAGAAAGUACAGCGCACUGAAGUCCAUGAUUCGACAGCAGCUGGAGGGCAUCACUGACACUACUGACCGAGUCUGAGUGUGUGUGCGCGCGUGCGUGUUCACAGGACCAUUACACUGUUACAGUGAGAGGAAGUCAAGCGGAUUGUUUGAGCACUGAGACCUUUCUUCUUGUACUACUACAGUUGAACAAUAGCAUGUAUAGCUUUUUCUAGUAAUGAAAACUACAGACAUGUUGGAAGCUUUCUACAGUAGGGAAUGUCAUUUAAACAGCAAUAAGAAUGCAAUACUGCCAUAUCUUGCAUCAAUGUUUGUCACUUUGCAAAUUAACUGUAGUCAUAGAAUUUGUAACUUUUCUGCUACUGUAUUGUCUAUGAUUGAAUACUUUCCGUUGAUCUUGUUGUUUACCAUCUUUGGUCAAAUACUGAUUUCUGUGUGUCUUCGAGGUCAAGGUCUUCUAAAACUGAGCAUUCUUCGAAAGGCAACAUUUCUGUCAAGGCCGAUUUCUGAUUUAGCCACUGACAGAUUUAUAAGAGAGCUACAGGACGUGCAGGCUUUUUUUCCAGGCCUGCACGUCUAACACACAUCUCCAGCACCAGAGUUGGAGACCUAAACUUGUGUUCACAUAACUGUGCUACAGGUUUCUGCAGGGUUAGCAGACCUGAUAAACCCAUACUGUAUUUUACCACACAGAUAAAACACACACAAACACACACCUCAUUGUUCUCCCACAGAAAGGGGUAGAGUUGUUUCCAGGGUGACUGAAGCAGAGUUAGUAUUGUUCUAAGAGUGAGUGACCCUCUCCACCUGUGUGUGUGUGUGAGAGAGAGAGAGUUGGUCACGCCAGUCCUUUAUUCUGUUUCAGUAGUUGAAUCAGAACAGAACGUUUACAGAAUGUAUGUCUCUCUCAUCAGAGAGGUUAGAGGUUUUGUUCCAUUCUGUUCUAAUAAACACUGUAACUCUAAUAGGACUUGCACUCCUGCCAACCACUGUGUGUGUGUGUGUGUGUGUGUGUGUGUGUGUGUGUGUGUGUGUGUGUGUGUGUGUGUGUGUGUGUGUGUGUGUGUGUGUGUGUGUGUGUGUGUUAGAGAGAAAGUAAUGGCUAGCCCAUCAGGGUUAUAUAGCAGGUGGGUGGGUAUAAUAGAUAUUACCACACACACAAACACAAAGCAUUUCACUGUAUGUAAAAAAGACAGGAGACUUUUAGUUUGCAAUUAUAUACAGUUUAAAAAAUAUGACUAUUUGGAUUCCCUUUUCAAUGGUUCAUCACAAUGGAGACACGACAAAAGACAGAAAAUAAAAAAAGUGUUGUCAUAUUUAGCAGCGGCAGCUCAAGGAAGCUGCAGGGUUUACUCUAGUGUAGCUGACCAGCACCCUUGUUCAACCAUCCUUAUCUUGCGAGAUCACAUUCUGUUUCAGAUUUCACACUGCCCCCCUGUUAUAGUGGAUCUGGUGAAAAAGCACUUCACUGAAAAUUACAGUAAUGUAUUAUUAUGCUACAUAUUGUUAUUAUGCAUUUAUUUCUGCAUUUAGUAUUAAACAGUAGUGUGGUCUGGUGCCAAAUUAACGUUGUAUUUGAAGAAUAUAAUAGAAUAUAGUGAAUAGAAGAAUCCACAUACUGUCACCAUAUUCAGUGUUUGGAGAAAGUAGAGCAGUCAGAAAUCAACAAGACACAUUUAAUUAUUGAUGACUGUGCGAUAGGCCUGAUGUAUCGGAAUUAUCGUCACACUUCUCCUGACCCCAUUGACAGUCUGAGAGAGAAAUAAAUCUGUCCACAAGGUUUUACGCAGCCCAAAAUCUGUCCUUCGCCCCUGUCCUAGCUACCAUCAAAGAUAUUUAUAACUAACCUUAACUGCUCCUUGUUCUAUCUGCUACUGUCGUUGCCACUGCAACCUACUGUACUGGAGUGCUCCCGACUCCUGGCUUAAAAAUGGACCAACAGUAGUAUAAAGAGGUGUUCCUGCAGAUGCAGAAAUUCCCACAUGCAGGAAUUGUGCCUGUUAUCAUAGAGAUAGAUGACUCAUCAUGGAUUUAACCAGUUUCAACAUGGACAUUGCCAUUGAGGGCUUCCACCAUUUUAAAGUUGUCAACUGGGUGGGAUUCCUAUGAGUUGGGAGCAAUCAGCAAAUGAAGAAGAAAAAGUAUUUCUUUCAAAUGGAGAUAGCCUCAAUGGCGCUUCCCAUUCUGUCACAGAUUCUAUAAUGGCACAGCUACAAAGAUAGAACCUACCCUAUACGAUUGUAUCUAGAAUAGGACUGGUUCCAAAAUCUGAUAGGAUUUUCUUUUGGAUUCUAAUAAGAUGUUUUAAUUGGAAUCCCAUAGGAUUUUUUGACUAGGGUAAAAAAAAAAGUAUGGACAUUUUUUGACAGGACAGAUGUAAGUACAGAUCAGGAGACCGAUAUAGAGAGGGGUACAGAAAGUGGUUAAGGGUACACACAGUCAGCUGAGCCAAGGCUCGAACCACAUCGCAGAGAGGGCAUAUACGUUAUGGGCCAGAGUACGGAGCUUAGACCACUACACUAGACUCCAGCCAAUGACAUUGAUUCUUGUAUAUAAAAUCCUAUAGAAUAGAAUCCUAUAGAAGUCCAAAAGGACUGGUUCCAAAUUCUGAUAGAUUUUUCUAAUGGAUUCUAAUUGUUUGUUCUGUAGGAUGCUAUACGAUUUCAAUGUUUUUUUUCCUCCUAUAGGAUUUCUAUAAAUUGUAGAUGGGAAUUGUAUAGAUAUUUACAUUACAUUCUAAUGUAUCCUCAACUUGGCUAUGCACUAUAGUUAACUUGGCUGCUUCUGUUCAUGUAUUAUGUAUAUUUUGCAAUACCAGGAUCAGGUGUGCCAAGAGGUCACUAGAUGAGCACUGGUAGUU